AGUCCGUCUCUCCUUGCACCGGACAACGGAGACGCGUUCCUUUCUUUGGAGCGGGAGUAUCUUAACUUUCCGAGCUCUUGUCUCGCAGCCGAGCCCUUCCCGCCUUUUUUUUGCUCGCCCCAUAGAUGCUGGCCUCGGGGCGCUUAUUUUGACCGGCCCUCCCCUCCACCCGCAUCUCUCCGGCCUCGAGAGAGAGAGCGAGACGGCGUUUGUGUGGCGGGCUGUUUUGUGGGGCACCGUGAUCGGCUCCGUUUGGCGCCAGCUGCCCCAAUGUUACCCUCUUGGCCGUGGGUAACCGGAGUGGCAGCUGGGCUCGUCUCCCUGCAUUUCGCCCAGAAGCUCUUCUUCCCGUACUUCUGGACUGACCUGAAGUUCUUGCUGAAAGCCGUUAAGUAUGGGGUGACUAUGGAAAUCCACCGGCUGAGCGGCAGGAUUUGGACCGUGCUGGACAAGUUUGUGACACUGGCCGAAAAACAGCCCGACAAGCCGUUCUUGGUCUACGAAGGGAAGGUCCACACUUACCGGUCUGUGGACAAACGAAGCAACAGACUAGCCCAGCUUUUCCUCAAGGAAGGGACGCUGAAACGCGGAGACACGGUGGCUCUGCUGAUGAGCAAUGAGCCCGAUUUCAUCCACGUGUGGUUUGGACUGGCCAAGCUGGGCUGUGUGGUAGCUUUUCUGAAUUUCAACAUCCGCUCCAGGUCUCUCCUGCAUUGCAUUAGUAGCUGUGCGCCCAAGAUGCUGGUGGUGGGAGCAGAUAUGCUUGGGACCUUAGAAGAAAUUCUUCCAGGCCUUCAAGAAGACAUUAGAGUUUGGGUGAUGACAAAAGAAUCCAGGCUGCCACAUGCUAACACCAUUUUAGACAAGCUGGAAGUUUCCUCUGAUGAUCCUUUGCCAGUUGAUCUUCAUAUUGUUAAUAACCUAAAGGAUCCUCACCUCUACAUUUUUACCUCAGGAACAACAGGUCUCCCAAAGGCUGCUGUUAUCAGUCACUUGCAGACCCUAAAAGGAGCUGCUGGAUUAUGGGCAUUCGGUGCUACUCCUGAUGAUAUCGUUUAUAUAACCCUUCCCCUUUACCACAGUGCUGCUUCUCUUCUUGGAAUUGGUGGAUGUAUUGAACUGGGUGCAACAUGUGUUUUAAGAAAUAAAUUUUCAGCUAGUCUGUUCUGGAGUGACUGCAAGAAGUAUAAAGUUACAGUGAUUCAGUAUAUUGGGGAACUGUGCCGUUACCUUUGCAAACAGCCUGUGAAAGAAGGAGAAAAAAACCACAAGGUUCGUCUAGCAAUUGGAAAUGGAGUGAGAACAGAUGUCUGGAAAGAAUUUUUACAUCGAUUUGGUAACAUCAAGAUGUGUGAAUUUUAUGGUGCAACUGAAGGGAACAUUUGUUUCAUGAAUCACACAGGCAAAGUUGGAUCUGUGGGUCGAACAAAUUUCUUUUAUAAGCUCUUCUUCCCUUUUGAUUUGAUUAAAUAUGAUUUUCAAAAAGGAGAGCCCAUUAGAAAUAAAUAUGGAUGGUGUGAAAGAGUUAAGAAAGGUGAGCCUGGGCUUUUACUAUCCAAAGUGAACUCAAAGAAUCCAUUCUUUGGCUAUGCUGGGAAUAAGAGGGACACGGAGAAGAAGUUACUGCGUGCUGUGUUUAAGAAGGAAGAUAUUUAUUUCAAUACGGGUGAUCUGAUGGUUCAAGAUCAAAAUAACUUUCUUUACUUCUGGGACAGAACAGGGGAUACUUUCAGAUGGAAAGGGGAAAAUGUGUCUACUACUGAAGUUUCUGAUGUCCUUGGUAUGUUGGAUUUCAUAAAAGAAGCUAGUGUUUAUGGGGUUUCUGUGCAAGGUUAUGAAGGCAAAGCAGGAAUGGCCUCUGUUAUCUUAAAGCCCCAAAGGUCCUUAGAUCUGAAACAACUUUAUGAACACAUGGCAACAUAUCUCCCCAGCUAUGCCUGUCCACUUUUUUUAAGACUCCAGGAAGUAAUAGAAGUUACAGGAACAUUCAAGCAACAGAAAUUUAAGAUGGUGGGGGAAGGAUUUAAUCCAACUGCAAUCAGUGAUCCACUUUAUUUUUUGGACAAUCCGAAAAAGUCUUAUGUUUUAUUAACCAAAGAACUGCAUGAAAAAAUUGUAUCUGGAGAGAUGAAACUUUAAUGUUUAUUUAUUAGCAAGGAUUUAUGCAUUCUGUUGCACAAGAUACUGUAUAACAAAACUUUGAACAAAGUUUGUUGGCUAUAUUAGUGCAGUUUCCAGGGCAAGCAUUGGGUUCUGCUGAAAUGUUAAAGUUAAUGGGGAACAGGGAAUUAUUUUCUAAUGUUUUCCUCUUCUGAUGAUCAGUCAUUCAUUGCUUGCACUUUUUUCAUGCAACACUAUGUAUUACUACUUUUUAAAAAGCCCUGUUAUGUACAAGAUUUAACAGAAGAUUCAAGUUAGUUUUUCUACAAUUCUAGAACAUGAUUUUGUUCCAAAAAUGUUUCUGUGUGAGCAAAGAGGAGGAGCCAGGCAAACCCAGUCCAAGCCAAAAGUACUAGAAGCAGGGUAGGGUUGCGGCUAAGUAGUCAGUACAUGCUGUGUGUUAAUUAAGGUCCUAGCAUCUAGCAUCUCCUAGCAUCUCUAAUUAAAAUGAUCAGGUUAAGUGACUUCUGAGACUCCAGAAACCUAGCCCAGCUAGACAAAAGAUAAAAGUUUAGAAAGUGAAGUGGAAGUGUUCUGAAAGCACUGGGAAUAAAUAAAUCAC